AUGGAGGUGGAGCAGCUGCUCGCCGACCCGAAGAAUGCGGAUGAAGACGGUGAUUACUUUGAGGCUUGGCUCCGGGAAGUCUUCCCGGAUAUUUACGCAGACGUGGACUCAAGCGACCCCGCGGAGCUGCGCAAACUGGACUAUGCCCCUAGCGAGAAGAGGCCGAACAGCAAGAAGCACCGGCACAGGCUGAAGGAUAUCACGAUUCCGAGCUUUGCAGAUGCCUUCGCCGAAUUGAGCAGGUUCGACCCGGAUGAGCGCAUCUCUACUCGCCGGGAGCGGGUAUUGGCAAAGAUCCUGAUUGAUGUCUUUAUAUGCAGCAUCGUCGAUGUAGCUGCCGUCCUGAAGACAGCAGAGGCCAUCCUCAGGGCGCCGGAGAACUCGCCACUGGUUCUGGUUCUAUACGCUGGAGGAUACCACAUGCAGAACCAGGUGAAGUUCUGGCAAGCUCAAGGCUUCAGCAGCAAGGCUCUGCCGAACAAAGGGGUCAUUGGCCAAGAUGACUUCGAGGAGUUCGAACCAAGAGGAUUGGAUGUACCGGCGUGCCUGAGGGACUUAUCGCAGCUGUUUCCUGUGCCAUGA